CAGGUACACACAUUUUGGAAAUAUGUGUAAUUUUUUUUCCUAACAAUAAUUAUUACAAUUGCUAUGUUGAGUUGUCACCUGCCGAAAUUAGUUGGCCCUUUAAAUACGGCCGCGAGUCCAGAAUCGACAAGUAAUCAUUGUACGGCCGUCACAGAGCUCACGGCAAGUCGACACUUUCGGUGAGUGUUGUUUUUUCUGUUAUUAUUAUUUUAUGCUAUUAUUAAAGUUACAUAAUUCGAGGUUUUAGUUAUAGUUAUAGGUUAUAGUAAUUAUAGUCAGUUUGUUUGGUAUUGUUAUUGUUUCUAUAACUGGAAUACAAUACAAGAUGUUCAAAUACAUUAUAACACACGAGUAUAGGUACCUAAUAUAUGGUAUACAAUUUUUUUCUUUCGACUUGAAAAUCCAAAUCAAAACAACAGUGAAAAAAUCGUAACACAAUCGCGUAUACAUCAUGAUGCCUACUAUAAUACUUCGAUAUAAACGUCUCGAAAACCUUAACAAUUGAAACCGUAUUUCGAUGAAUAAAAUAAAAUUUUUCGCUUGUUUGGCGAUAUUAAAAUAUGUAUAAUAAAACGGAGCUGUAUUUGAUUAGUGUUUUUUUUUUUCAAAUAUUAUUAUACGCACAAGACGUGUAUUAUUAUUAUUUUUUUUUUUGUAAUCUAUACUUCGAACGGCCAAUUGAUACUCGAUGAUAUAUGUACCUAGUUGACGCGAAACGUACAUGUAUAUAUCAUAAUAUAAUAUAACGUUAAAAUAUUUAAAAUUAAAAAAAAAAAAAAAUCAUUAGUUUGUGAAUUGCAAAAAUGUUUUCGUAAAUCGUAUGCGUACAUACAUACAGUAACACUAUUAUUAUCAAAUACUUAUAGGCAUAAUAAUAUAAUGUUCAUUGAUAAACGUAUAAAGUGUAAUUGAAUAUCGUACGUAUGUAUGCAUAUAGGAAAAAUUUAGUCAACGCGUAAUACGACCGGCAUAGUUCACGGUCAAUUGUUUAUAUUCAUUUCAUUGAUUAAUAAAAUAAAAUUUAAAGUAAUAACAUCGGUGUAUUGACACUGGUCAGCACUGUGAUAUCAUAAUACACUAUACCUAUACACUAGACCGAUAACCAUGUGUGUUUACAAAAAAAUAAUCCAGGGGCGGGGGUGGUUGUUAAGGUGUUAAGGUUGUACACUUUCAUAAUCAUAUAACAAAGAAGCUUAUAUACUUUCAACUAUUAGAUUAUAACUUAGAUUAUUUAUUUUUCAAUUAAAAUUUCAAUAUUUUAUAUAAAAUUCAUUUAUAGCCUUUCAGGUACCUAACUAUUACUUUAUAAGAAUUUCAUUUAAUUAUCAUAAUACUUUCUAAAAUAACAGGAGAAAGAUUAAUUAAAACACUUCUGUAGCUUGAUUGAGCAUUAAUGGUAUUUUUUACAACACGAUUAAACAUAUUUUUCGGAAUAUAGGAAUACAAAAGAAAACCUUAACGAUUGCGUAUUAAAAAUACUGCGACGUUGCCAUUGCUAUAUUUAAUAAAUUAUAAAUUAUAUUGUACAAAUAAUACGAGUAAUAAUUGUACGAGUUAAAAAAAAAAAAAUAAUAAUAAUAAAUACAAAAUAUAAUUUCAUGAUAUCUGAGUUUCUAUUUCCAAUUUAUCAUAAAUAUAAAAAUAACGACUUUGUGUUUUUACAUUUUAAAUAUUAGUUGAAAGCUUUUAUUAUUUAAUGAAAAAAACAUUAGCUAGUAGUAAUAAUCAUCAAAAUACUCAGUAUUACGUCAUUAGUUUCAGUAUUUUUGCAGUUAAACACUGAAGACGUAUUUACAUUUUUGCCAUCCCGGAGCAUUUUGGUGUCCGUUCACAACACUAAUUUUAGGGAUUGCCAAAAUAAAGCCAGAUAUUUAAGAAAUCAAAAAACAACCUCCUUAAUAAGUACCUUCCCAGUCAGAUUUUUAUUCAGAAAAAGUUCUAUCAUUGUAAAUCGGAGCAAAAUUACUGGUAGAAAAGUUGUCCCCAGAAAAAAAAAAUCGAACUAUUUUACUAAUAUAUUUUAUAAAUUUUCCCGUUUUUCCUUUGUUUUUUUUUCGGUUUUUCCCAUUUGAUGAGAAAAUUCCUGAAAAAUCGAAAAAUGAUUACUCUAAAGUACUACCGUAAGAAAAUUGCCUUUCAGAAAAGGGUUUACAUCGUGUAUAUCGGAGUAAGCUUUCUGGUAGAAAAAGUGUUCAUAUAAAAAAACAAACAUCUUUGUAAACCAAUACAUUAUUCGCUACACUCAGAAUCUAAGCAUUUAAGAUUAAAAGUUAAGUUAAUAUUCAAAUUAACUUUUAAUGUUUCAACUUUUCUCAAUUGAAUUAAUUAAAUUAAUAUUAUUUAUUGUAACUUGCCCAUCAGUAUUUAAUCGAUAAAAAAAAUAAUUAUAAAUUAUUAAAAAUUAUUAAAUUAUUAAUAUUUGUAUAGCGAAAUACUUCAAAUAUUAUAUUAUAUACUAUAUUUGUUACUUAAUUUUUUCCAGAAAGUUUCUUUGUACUAAACCGGAAGUCCAUCGUACAUACAGAAUAAUCAUGACUGGAUAUCUGACAAUUAUCGGUAACUAUUGUGAAAUUCUAUCUAUGAACAAAUCUUCUACAGAAAUCUUGCAAAAAAAAAAAACUGUUUAGAUCUAAUUGCCUAAUACAUUGGCAAGGUCUAAAAUAAAAAAAAAACUACACAUUUAACACCGAGUGUAAAUAUAUGUUUACAUAUACCAUAUAUACGAUAACUAACUUAAAACAUGUUUAUCUCUUUUUUUUAUAUAUAUAUAUUUAUUUACAAAUUAAUAAUAAUCAUUUAUUUAUUUACCUAUCUUUUUAUUAUUUUUCCAUAUAAUAAAAAAUAAAUUAUUUUCCUACUGAAUUUGCGAGAGGCGGCGCAAAAAACUUGUUUUAAAAAAAAAUAUACAUAAAUUAGAAAAAAAAAACCGAACGAACAUACUUCACACUAUGAGUGUGCCACUGUUGUAGGUGAGAAAUUAGGAUGGUGGUAGGAUAUAGAGGGGAAUUAUUUGAUUUCUAUCUGUACGCAAUAAUUAAUCAUUGCUAAUGAAAAAUGAUUCUGAGCGGAGCUCGGUCAAAAGACCACAAGAGAGCUCGGUAAACAUCAUUGUAAAACCAAUAUAUUCUUCACUUCACUCAGAAUAUAAAAUUUAACUUUUUCUUUUGUUCAACAUUGCAAAUAUUGAAAAAAAAACGAAUUACGAACACUCUAUAAGAGUUUUUACCGUAAAGUCCAUCUUUUCCUGUGUCUUCCUCGUAGUCUUCACUCUUGGCCAUGUAUGGUUUCUAUUCCAUUCCUUGUUUUCUCUUAUUUUCGUCAUGUGACCUAACCGUCUUAUCCUUUGUUACUAAUACCAGUUCCAUCUCUAAUUUUACUGGUUUUCCUAAAGUUUGAUCUAAUAGUUUACAAUAUUAUGUUGAAACUUUAAUUUUGUGCGUGGUUGUUUUCCAAUAUUCCAAUUUUAUUUCGAGUACAAAUUAAUUAUAUUGUUUUACGAUUAAACAAAAUAACUCAUACCGUUUAUAUAGGUAAUAUAUUAUUUAGUAAUAUAAAAUGUAUUAAUUUAUAAUUUAAUAUAAUAUAAUAUAAUUUAAUAAUUUAUCAAUAUUAUUAUUACAUACGAGUUGGACAUUAAAAUUAAAAGCAGGAAAGCAUACAAAUAAAAAAACAGAGUAAUACGCGUCAACCAGUAAACAGAUGGGAAUUAAAAUGUUGAAAAUAACGAAAUGAUUUACAGUGUUAAUAAAUAGUGAUAAUGAAUAGCUAUGUUUAUUAAAAAAAAUUUCAUAAAGGUUUAUGAACUUUUGCUAAUUAAUAUACAUUAUUAUAAAUUGUACGCGUGCGCUAAUCAUUAUAUUCCGGUUAGCAAUAAUAAUAAUUGUGGGAUAUAUUUAUUACCUAAUAUAUACCUAUGCAGUUUGAAGGACAAACAAAAAUAAAUCGCUUUUUAUUUAAUAGUAAAUUUAACAAACUUCAUUGCAGCAGCAAUCGGUUUAUACGCAUUUGUUUAUUUAUUUAUUUGAGUCUCCCUUUAAAAUGCAAUGACUGUUUCAAAUGCAAAUGCGAAAAAAUGUUUAAAAAAUGAUCAUGUACAUUGUAUUCGUUUGAUUUGCUCGCAGUUGACAAAUACAAUAGACGGACGUGUUAAUAUUCAAAGUAAUCAAAAGUAAAAAAAAAUAUUAGUCAUCGCAAUUACCUACAAAAUAAACCAUACUAUUAUCAAAUAUAUCUAGUAUUUACCCACGACCGUAUAGGCACAUUUUGAGAUGUGUUUACGUUUUUAACGCGCUUUCGUAAAAACACAUUUACAGCACAUUGGAAAUUCGAGUUGCGCACUCACUUUACAUUUUGUGCGUACACUCUGGGCUCUAAAACACAUUAUUUUAGGUCCUGCUGAGCAAGUGCAAACUAUGGAAUGGAAUUGAAUAUAAAAAAAAAAACUGCUUUUUGCUAAGUCUCGAAAGAUUUUAAUGCCCACAUAAAAUGUAGCGUCUGGGGCCAAUACUUCCACCUGGACACCACUCAAUGUUUUCCUGUUAUUUGAUGAAUAUUAUCAUUUCCGUUUUUACAUGAAUGUGUGUUUCUGCCGCAGGUUUGGUGUGUAUACAGAUAUUGCGAGUGACGGCAGUCGACGAUCAAGUGGACAAAAAACUUUGGCUGAUGGACUCGUUCGAGGAUUACAAACAUCCCGGCUCGUCCCGGAUCGAACGGAGCGAUCAAUUGGAAACCGUGGGCGACGUAGUAAUGAAUGAACACGGUGCGUACCCGAAGAUCAUCAGACGUGGGUUUGCAGGAGAAGAAUUUUUCUUGAAGGCAUCAAAAUCGGUACCUAGGAUCGGUCGCAGGAACAACGACAUUAAAGAAUCGCCCAAAAGAUCGCUGAACAAAGUACGUACCUACACAUAUAAUAAACAGGGUGAUUUUUUUUCACCCCAGUUAGCGAUUAUAUUAUAGCCAUACAAAAAUGUUUAGUUAAUAGUUUGAUUUUAGAGGGGGGGGGGGUUGUUUUUCUGACAUUAAACUAUAAUAAUUUAUAGAAUCGUUUUAUAAGCGUACCGCGAUUAGGUAUAUUUUAUAGAGACGCGGUGUUUAUUUAUUUGAAACAUUUUUCGAAAUUCCCAACAAUACCCCAAUUUUCGUAUAAUCCAACUUGACGUUUUCAUGUAUUUUUCGAAAAAUUACGGGGAGAAAUGAAACAGCUUGCCCCUCCUUCGGACGCCUAUUACGAUCAAAAUUGGUAUUUGAAAAUGAGUAUCUAGAUAUACUCGAUACUGAAUGCGUCUAUUCAAGUAUAUACGCCAACGCGAGGAUACUCAAUACUUUCCCGGAUUUCGGGAAGACGCGAAAUUGUAUCUGCGAUACCUAUACUAUUCAAUCCUGUAUACCAUGAUAAAUAUCAUAGGUACUAAGCAAUUGACGAUAUGUGAUACCUAUAGUUUGUAUUUUGCGAUAGUUGCGAAAUCAUAUCCACCGUGAUGUUAUAGUAACAUUUAUCGCUGUACCGGGUUUUAGAUGGAAUACAUUAUAAUAUUAUGUUAUUGAUAAAAUGUUUGUGUUGCUUGUGCAUAAUAGGACCAUGUAAACGCGGUUGAAAAUUGGCUGAGCUCGCAUCAGACGGGUGACGUCAACGAUUCGGCCGGAAAACACGACUUCGAGUUGCCGUACGGUUGUCAACAACUGGAUGCCAAAACGAUUUUCCUGGUGGACUUGAACAAUUUCGUGUGCAACGAUCAGUUCUACUGCUGUGCACCGGCCAAGCGCGCCAUAGCCAACUCGCGGAACGCCAAUUACUUGUGAAAGUGCUCCCGUCAACGCCUAGUCGAUUUUAGAUUUUUUACAACACUUUGAUACGGGAACGCAUUUUAUAUUUUGUCAUUUAUUUUAUUUUCGAUUAUAUAAACGGUAUUAUGGUUUAAAACAAACAAAAAAAGUAAUAAUAAUAAUCCAGUACAAUGUGCAACGUCAUAAAAAUAUAUUAUACUAUGUCUGGUGUCCACGUA